AUGUCGGUUAACCUUUGCGCACAAGAAGGUGAGGAGCCAAGAGAUGUGGUGCUUCACUUCGAUGUGAGAUUCCACCGUGAUAACAUAAUCUCAUUGUCGAGAAAAAACGGAAUAUGGAUAGGCAGUGGCAACUACGACACAAAUUAUAACAUGUUCGUUCCCGGUACGAUAUUCCGUAUAGUCUUCGAGGUGAAAGACACAGACGUGAUCACAAUAUACUGUCAAGGCAAGUUCCACUCAAAUUUCCUGCCCAAGAUACCCCUCAGCAUGGCUAAAUACAUUGUCGCUUGGGCAGACGUGGAAAGGGUGACACACUGCUACUUCCAUUUUGGAUUCAAGGGUGUUGGGGAUGAAGUUGGAGCCGGGUUUCCGCAAUGUCUAUCACCACGUACCACGGCGAACAUGAUGCUUGGUGAGACUAAGCGAUGCCAACGCUUACACAAAAAGCUACCGGGCUCACCCGCCCUUCAUUCAUCGAAUGACAGUUCGGAGGAUGAGCGCGCAAAGCUACGGCCGAAAACCGAGGGGAGGGCCGACAGAUUCUUCUAUGAGACUCUAAUGUGCCAACCGCCGGACUUUACAAAGUUCUGCACGGACGCUAAGUCCAGGCGCGACAGGAGCCAAUCGCACCCCAAAGCCGAGCACAGUAAAAAGUAUCGAGAGGUCUCGGACAGCGAGAAAAUCGACACGGAAGUAUUUUCCGAAGAGAACGUAUCUAAUAACGUCGAUUCGUCUAUGGUUGAGUCGGAAGCGGUAUUGCCUGAUAUGAACGGAAAGAAGCGCUGCCGGCGCGGGAAAUUUGCUCCUCUGGCGCAGGUCGUAAACUUUAUGGGCAAAACGUCGAGAAGAAGC